AAGACAAGAAAACACACAAACUCCGCAGAGAGAGAGAGAGAGAGAGAGAGAUGGCCACUCCUCUCUCCUCUCAAGCAGAGCAGUGCACUUCCACCAGGAGAUGUGACUGUUAAACAUACGCUCCCUUUGCGCACUCCCAUAACCUCAACCACCUGUCCUCCCCCAACAAAACAAAACAAAACCAAACCAAACCGUUACUACUAGCACCUGAUAAUGCAAAUGCCUCCAACACCUUCUUCAUCAAUGGCAACGCCUUCUGUUCCACUACUAAUUCUCCUAUUCCUACUGGCCAUUGCCGCCCCAUUUUCCUCCUCCUCCUCCUCCUCCACCGCCCAACCCACCAACCAAACCCAAACCCAAACCGAAAUCGAAGCCCUAACCUCCUUCAAGUUCGCCCUCCACGACCCACUCGGAGCCCUCCAAAACUGGGACCCCACCACGCCUUCCGCCCCGUGCGACUGGCGCGGCGUCUCCUGCUUCAAUAACCGAGUCAAAUCGCUCACCCUCCCCAGCCUCCAACUCGCCGGCCCCCUCACCGACCAACUCCCCAACCUCCGCUCCUUGCGCAAGCUAACCCUCCCCUACAACUCCUUCAGCGGCUCCAUCCCUCCUUCCCUCUACCAAUGCACUCCCUUACUCUCUCUCUCCCUCCAACACAACUCCUUCUCCGGCCCCCUCUCCCCCGCCAUCUCCAACCUCACCCGCCUCCUCAUCCUCAACCUCGCCGCUAACCAACUCUCCGGCGUCAUCCCGGCCAGUCUCGGUCACCUCCAGCGCCUCCAUUUCCUCUUGCUCGAUUACAAUUUCCUGAUUGGGACCCUGCCCUCGGCGCUAUCAAACUGCUCGUCCCUCGUUCACUUGAGCGCCGAAGGGAACGCCCUUAGCGGCGUCGUUCCUUCGUCCAUCGGAGCGCUCCCUCAGCUCCAACUGAUUUCUCUCUCCCACAACAAUCUCUCUGACUCCCUCCCGUCUUCUGUUUUCUGCAACGUCACCGUUUUACCUCCGUCCAUCCGGAUAGUGAAAAUGGGGUUCAAUGCGUUCACGGGGAUUAUUGCCCCCGAAAAAGCCACGUGUAACAGUGUGUUACAGGUUCUGGACCUUCAGCAGAAUCAGAUACAAGGCGUUUUCCCUUCAUGGCUAAUGAAUGGUAGUAUUACUUUGACUGGGUUUGACGUUUCGGGCAAUUCUUUUUCGGGUUCAAUUCCGGAUUCGAUUAGUAGCUUAUCGAGAUUGGAGGAGCUGAAAAUGUCGAAUAAUAUGUUGGACGGUGUCGUUCCGGUUGGGAUCACAAACUGUAGCCUACUCCGUGUUCUUGAUCUCCAAGGGAAUCGAUUAACCGGUGAAAUUCCUUCAUUUAUCAGCGAGCUUAGAGGAUUGACAACAUUGCUACUCGGUGGAAAUGGGUUUUCGGGUUCGAUUCCGUCGAGUUAUGGGAAUCUCACUGCCCUGGAAACCCUUGGUUUAGGUGAUAAUAGAUUGACAGGAGGAUUUCCGGCAGAAAUUUUGGCAAUGAGCAAUCUAAGCAUGUUAAGUCUCGCCGGGAACGAACUUUUGGGAGAUAUAGUGGCGAAUAUUGGGGAUUUAAGGCAGCUAACAGUGCUGAAUUUGAGUGGAAAUGGUUUUUCAGGGCCCAUUCCAGCUAGUGUGGGACGUCUUUAUAUGUUAAGGACAUUGGAUUUGAGCAAGCAGGGUCUUUCGGGCGAGUUGCCUUUUGAUAUAACCGGUUUGCCGAAUUUGCUAGUCAUUGCUUUGCAGGAGAAUAGUUUGUAUGGUGAUGUUCCUGAAGGGUUUAGUAGCUUGUUGGGUUUGAACUACAUGAACCUCUCUUCCAAUGCCUUUUCUGGUCAAAUUCCGUCGACUUUUGGAUUCAUGAAGUCGCUAGUCGUUCUCUCAUUGUCUAGCAAUAACAUCUCUGGUUCGAUUCCAACCGAGCUAGGAAAUUGCUCUAACCUUCAAGUUUUGGACCUUCAUUCAAAUUCUUUGAGUGGUAUCAUUCCGAAUGACCUAUCUCGUCUAUCCCUUUUAACUGACCUCGAUUUAGGUAGCAAUGAUUUGACAGGGGAAAUCCCGAAUGAAAUUUCCAAUUGCUUGUCGCUAACCUCACUUUUACUAAAUUCGAACGAUCUUUUGGGCAACAUUCCGUACUCAUUGUCCACUUUGUCAAACCUCAAAGUCUUAAAUCUCUCUGAAAACAGAUUGAGUGGAACGAUCCCAGCAAAUCUUUCACUCAUCCCAGGCUUGGUCUACUUCAAUGUGUCCUAUAACAACCUUCAAGGUGAGAUUCCACCCUCGUUGGGUUCUAGAUUUAACAAUCCUUCGGCAUACUUAGGAAACCAGAAUUUGUGCGGAAGGCCAUUAAACAGGAAAUGUGGUGCCGGUAGAAGGAGGAAGAGGUUGAUUAUAUUAACAACUGUCGCUGCUGGUGCGGCUUUCCUUGGGCUAUUGUGCUGUUGCUUCUGCAUUUUCGCUCUAUUGAGGUGGCGCAAGAAGCUGAAACAACAGGCAAAUGGGGAGAAGAAACCAAGUCCAACUAGAGGAAGUUCAGCAGCAGCGAGUGGGGGUCGUGGAAGCAGCGAAAAUGGUGGAGGUUUGAAGCUCGUUAUGUUCAAUAACAAGAUCACUCUCGCUGAAACGCAAGAAGCAACGAGGCAAUUCGAUGAGGAGAAUGUCCUAAGUAGGACUCGGUAUGGGUUAGUAUUCAAGGCUUGUUACAACGACGGAAUGGUGUUAUCAAUUAGGAGACUCCCUAAUGGAUCACUCGACGAAAUCAUGUUCAGAAAGGAAGCCGAAUCGCUGGGGAAAGUGAAGCACCGAAACCUGACGGUUCUCCGCGGGUACUGUGUAGGGCCACCUGAUCUUAGACUUCUAGUCUAUGACUACAUGCCGAAUGGAAACUUAGCCACAUUACUCCAAGAAGCAUCCCACCAAGACGGUCAUGUCCUGAAUUGGCCAAUGCGUCACCUCAUAGCGCUAGGAAUGGCCAACGGGUUGGCCUUUUUGCACUCAUCAGCGAUCAUUCACGGUGACAUCAAACCUCAAAGUGUGCUAUUCGAUGCAGAUUUUGAAGCCCAUUUGUCUGAUUUCGGGCUAGACAAGCUAAUGGUGGCAUCUCCAAUAGCAGGGCCUUCAACUUCAGCAGCUUCAAUUGGAACAUUGGGAUACGUGGCACCAGAAGCAAAACUAACAGGGGUAGCCACAAAAGAAUCGGAUGUUUACAGUUUCGGAAUUUUGUUGCUUGAGCUGUUGACAGGGAAGCGUCCGGUAAUGUUCACACAAGAGGAGGAGGAUAUAGUGCAGUGGGUGAAGAAGCAAUUACAGAGAGGCCAAAUAGCAGAAUUGCUAGAGCCAGGAUUACUGGAGCUAGAUCCUGAAUCAUCAGAGUGGGAAGAGUUUUUGCUUGGAGUAAAAGUUGGGUUACUAUGCACAGCCCCAGAACCACUAGACCGUCCAACCAUGUCUGAUGUCGUGUUCAUGCUAGAAGGAUGCCGUGUCGCACCUGAUAUUCCUUCACCGGCUAAUCCCACCUCCCAUCAUUCGCCGGCUGUGACCCAAUGAUUUUCCUUAGAUUGAUUAGUAGUAUCAUUUUCUUAUUUUUGUGAAAGCGAUUGCAACAGUAGUUGGUUAGUGUUCACUCUUUUGUUCUAUUAUUCUGUUCAUUUUCAUUUUGUGGC